GGGCUUGCGUGAUGGUGUCAUGGGGCGGGGCCUCGGGCGCGGGAAGAGGCGGCGGGAGAAUGGAGGUGGAAGAGAGCGGCUGUGGCGCAGCCGAGCGUGGGGCCCAGGACCCUGCCCCGGCCCCCAGCAAGUCCCCCGGCAGUGCCGGCCACUACGAGCUGCCGUGGGUUGAGAAAUACAGACCAGUGAAAUUGAAUGAAGUUGUUGGGAAUGAAGACACUGUGAGCAGGCUGGAGGUCUUUGCACGAGAAGGGAAUGUGCCCAAUAUUAUCAUUGCUGGCCCCCCAGGAACUGGCAAAACUACAAGCAUCCUGUGUUUGGCACGAGCCCUUCUGGGCCCAGCUCUCAAGGAUGCUGUUUUAGAGCUCAAUGCCUCAAAUGACAGGGGCAUUGAUGUUGUGAGGAACAAAAUCAAAAUGUUUGCCCAACAGAAAGUCACCCUUCCCAAAGGACGACACAAGAUCAUCAUCCUGGAUGAAGCAGACAGCAUGACUGAUGGAGCCCAGCAAGCCUUGAGGAGAACCAUGGAAAUCUACUCCAAAACGACUCGCUUUGCUCUUGCUUGUAAUGCUUCGGAUAAAAUCAUAGAGCCCAUUCAGUCCCGGUGCGCAGUCCUCCGCUACACAAAGCUGACCGAUGCCCAGAUCCUGGCAAGGUUAAUGAGUGUGAUCGAGAAGGAGAAGGUGCGGUACACUGACGAUGGUCUGGAAGCCAUUAUCUUCACCGCCCAGGGAGACAUGAGGCAGGCAUUGAACAACCUGCAGUCUACUUUCUCGGGAUUUGGCUACAUUAACAGUGAGAAUGUGUUCAAGGUCUGCGACGAGCCACACCCUCUGCUUGUGAAGGAGAUGAUCCAGCACUGUGUGAAUGCCAAUAUCGAUGAAGCCUACAAGAUUCUUGCUCACCUGUGGCAUCUUGGCUAUUCGCCAGAAGACAUCAUUGGCAACAUUUUUCGAGUGUGUAAAACCUUCCAGAUGGCAGAAUAUUUGAAACUGGAGUUUAUUAAGGAAAUUGGAUACACUCAUAUGAAAAUAGCAGAAGGUGUGAACUCCCUUCUGCAGAUGGCAGGGCUCCUGGCCAGGCUGUGUCAGAAGACAAUGGCCCCGGUGGCCAGUUAGAGCGGAGAACUCAUUGAUUAUAUUACAAGAGUCCCUGAGAGACAGGAGUCACAGCCUCUGCUUUGGAAGAAAAUGCUGCCCAGACUGGCACUGGGACUCACCUUUCAUCAACAUGUCGUGGCCUUCCUGGUGCUUCCACACACAUCUCCAAGCAUUUGCAUUCAGCCCCAGGCUCAGGGACAUGGGGACAGGGGGCAAGGCCCCAGAGAAUGUCCAGGGCAUGGCACCCAAUUGGGCAUGUGUUGGAAUUUUAGCUAAUAAAACUGUAUGUACACUUUUGUCUGCAGUAAUGUGACAACACAGGGCUGCAAAGAAA